CUACGAUUGACAGGAGUGUGAAAUCAAUUUUACAUUGCUUCCAAAUAGUGGAUGUGUUUGGAUUGUUCAGUGUUGUCAUUCCUAUCUAGUUCUCUCGUCUUCCUCAAAACAACUGAGAAAGCUGUACAGUGGUUUGAAUCUGUUGUUUAAUGGAAAAUCGUCAACCUUGAAAAUACGGUUGUAACUGUUUCGCUAUGCGAUCCCAUAUAAGCUAAUUAUUUCACACUUAAUUAUUCAGCAACCAUUGCUUGUAGGUACCGUAUGCUUAUGUAACUAGUACUCAAUUUUGUAAUUGGCAUUUUUCUCCUUCAGAAUUAGUUAAUAUUCGUUCAGAUUGUAAUACAACUGCUCUUAAACGAUUACAAUCAAUUAAAGAAGUAGAAAUUAAAAAUACUAAUGAAAAUGUAAACAAUACAUUAACUGUUGUUGGAUUAGAUCCUGAUCAAGAAUUCAAAAUUGUUAAACAUUAUGUAUAUUUAAUGAAAAUUUUAUUUGAUAAAUUUACACCUCCGUUACCAAAUGAAGUAUAUGGUUUUGCUGCAACCUAUUUUAAACGUUUUUAUCUUAAUCAUUCUGUAAUGGACUUUUAUCCACGUGAUAUAAUGUUAACAUGCUUGUACGUUGCUUGUAAAGCUGCAGAUUUCCCAAUUGGUCUUCAGACUUUCAUUUCGCAUAUCCCUAGAAAUCAAGAGCGAUAUAGUUAUCUGGUUCUCAAUUCUGAACUUUUUUUGAUGGAAUCACUGGGUUAUGAUCUGUGGGUGUAUACACCGUAUCAAGCAUUAACUGGAUUUGUUAUCGACUUAGUAGCAUAUCAGAGACGAAUUUGUGGUGCACGUUCUGAUUCCUAUCUUCUAGAGAAUCGAUCCGAUGCUCAGCUCGUUGAUGAGUUAUGUAAGGACGGUGUAAAUUUGAUAAAUUUAUGGUAUCAAACUGACUUGUGCCUCACAGCUCAUCCAAGUCAGUUCGCUCUUGCUGUCCUAGUGGAACUUGGACAUACUCGGCCUCAGUUGGAUGUAGAAGUUUUCGUCAGAGAUGAACUAUGUGGUUGUGACCCAGUACAGAAGUUUAAACAACAUUCGGAAGAGGAUGAUGGUGACGAAGGAGACAUAAAACCCAAGAAGGAUACCAAAUGUGACCCUGACACUCGUUGGCAGGAACUGUCUAGUCGUUUAGAUUUUAUCCGUCAAACAGUCGAUGAGUUUCAGUUUAUUACUGAGUUAGGACCUGUUGGUGAGGAAGAGGUAAUUCUAGAUGAAUGUCGAAAUCCUCUGUAUAAUAUUGAAUCUGACGAGUAUGCACAAGCUAAGUCAAAGGCGGAUAGCCUAAUGGCUACGCUUGAAUAAUAGUAAUAGUCGUACCUGUACUGUAUAUAUGCCAUGUAUAAUUCACAUUUACUUUUCUAUUUUGGAAAUUGUGUGUAAUUACAGGUUGUAUUCACUAGUUUAUCUUUUGUCCUGAAUAUCUAUUUCUUAUAAAAUCUACCUCUCGUAAACUCA